UUGGUCGCUUAUACGUUAGAAUCUUUCAUAAACAAAUAUGCUAAACAAUUUAAUGUCACAUCCGUGAUAACAUCAUAGCCAAGUUUUAAAAGUGAAUUCAAUAUGUCAUGCAAUAUUUGUCAAACAAAAUUCUCAUUUUUUACAAGAGAAGAUGAUUGCCCAGGUUGUGGCUUUUCAUGCUGCAGUAAGUGCCUCAAAUAUAAAUGUGAUAUUCCAGAUAAAGGAGUGAAAAAAACCUGUGGACGUUGUUUUUAUAAGCGCAGGUUUAAAAAUAUGUCAAAUUCCAAUAACAAUUCUACUAUGUUGGAUGAACAAGAAAAACCAAUAGCUCCAGUGGAUAUCACUAAAAAAUUAGAUUCGUUGGAAAAUCCAGUGAAGCCUCCUAUUGUAAUGUACAAGCACACAAAUCACUGGGACAAGUUUAAAAAAGGCUUAGAACCUGCUGAUCAAGAGAUAGUUGAUAGAUUAAGAAAAUUAAAAGAAGAGGACAAAACCACAGCUCUAAGUGUGGAUGAAAUAAGAAAAAGAUUAGCACUAUUAAAAGAUGAAGAUCCAAAUGCUAGUCAUCACAAAAUAAAUAUACAUGAAGUGGAUAAUAGGACAGAUCAACAAAAAACAGAUGAUUUGUUACAAGAGUACCUUGAACAAUUAGAACUAUCUUCAAGUAGUGACUCAGAUACUGAAAUUCAAUCAAGAUUAAGGUCACUGCAGGAUGUUAGCGAUAAACCCAGUAAGCACUCAACCAAUGAUAUGGAUGAUGAUGAUGAGACUCAUAUAUCAAAGAAGUUAAUUGCGAAAAUUUUAGCAGAAGCAAAUUUAAGCAAAUAUGAAGCCGAUGUGGAUGAAUUAGAGGAAGAAGCCGAGAGGCCUACGUGCGCGAUGUGCGGUCAAACUAAACCUUCAGAGGGAUGUUCAAGCUAUGACGAUGAAAUUUACUGUGCUGAAUGUUUAAAAAAGGAACACGAUGAUUGUUAGAUAAAAACGCACAACAGGGAGUCAGUAACGAAGCUGGGCCUUUAUUAAAUCGAAUUGAUAGAAAUUCUAGAAAACCGCUUCGCAAAGAUUGAUAUUACAAUUACACAAUUUUACUAUUGGAGCUGUUACUUGCUAUGUAUCUUUUUUGGCAAAUUUACUAUUAGCAUUGUUACUCGCAAUUUUUUUUA